AUGAAUUAGAAAUAAUCUGAUUUACUAUCUGUUACACCAAGAGUAUUAUCUAGUCGUAGUAGUUAGCCUAGUAUUUAUUUAUAUGAAAAUUAGAUGAAUAGUUACUUGAAGAUACCUCUAGGAAACCAUCAAUAUUAUUUACAAAAUUAGAAAAAGUUCAAUUAUCACAUGAAGCAAGUGAAAGUGUAUAAUCAAAUGAGUCUUAAGAAAUGCCAUAAAAAUUUGUAUAAGGAUUCAAGAAUUAAAUUUGGAAAGAAAGAGCUUUGAAUGUUAUUGUUUUAGUAGCCAGAUUUGUUACUUAUUUAUUGACUAAUUCAGAUAAAUUUAAACUUAGAUACUUAGAAUUAAGACAAUUCAAAGUUAUAGGAGAUUAAGCAUCUGAUUAUAAUUAUUAUUUGACAAGAAGAUUAAUUAGAGCUAAAUCAAAAUAACAUAUAUGUGUAAGUAUGGCUUAGUAUUUAAUAAGUUUCAUCUUAAGGUUGUCUUUAAGAAGAUUGUCCAUAUAUUUCGUCGGCUUGGAAUUAAUAUUUCACCUAUAACUCCUGAUCACACUUUAAAAUUACUUUGGGAUCUAUUUGUAUUUACUAUACUAAUCAUCAAUAUUAUAUAUAUUCCAUUGAAAAUUUCAUUUGAAAUUUAAGGAUCUAAUGAUGGCAUUGACUUUUUCCUUGAAACCUUACCAUAAUAUGUAUUUAUUUGUGAGAUUUUAUUGAAUUUUAAUGUUGCCUAUUAUAGUAGAGGAAUUUUGGUUUUAAAUUAAGUUUAGAUAAUAAAACAUUAUUUAAAAGGGAAAUUUAUAACUGAUUUUAUAGUUUUGAUUCCUUUUUUGAUUGGUAGAUCCAAUGUUCCUUACAUAGAAUUCGUAUUAUUGUUGAGAGUUUCAAGAGUAACUUCACAACUUAUUAAAUUUUUAGAUUAUGUUCAUUUUUGAAAAUUUGGUUGAAACCUUAAAUUUGAGAGUCAAUUUUGCAGCUGUGAUUGAUUUAAUAUCAUUAUUAGCAACAUUUUUGUUUGCAUCUCAUUUAAUAGCAUGUGUUUGGCAUUUCAUUGCUAUUCAAGAACAUCUUUAUUAGAAUACAAUAUACACUUGGGCAGACAAAGCUUAAUUAGAAUCUGAUUGGAUUAGUAGAUAUAUUACAUCAUUUUAUUGGGCUUGUAUAACAACCUUAACAAUUGGUUAUGGUGACAUAACCCCAGUAAUAUUCAUUAAUAUUUAUUAGGUAACUCAAAUUGAAAAAUUAUUUGUCAUUUUUGUAACCUUAUUGAGUUCUAUUAUAUUUGGUUAUACAAUCUCAAGUAUUGGAGCAAUAUUUACAUAAAUCUCUGAAAAUAAAAAUUAUCUUAGAGAUAAAAUGACUAUGAUUGACUCUUUUAUAAAAAGAAGAGGAUUAAAUAAAGAGCUUUAAGUAAGAGUUAAAAAAUUUUUUGAAUAUUAUUUAAAAACAUAAAAGAAUACAGACUUUGAAUGUGAAAAACUUAUGGAACAUUUAUCAGGAACUUUAAUAAGAGAAGUUAAAAUUGAUUUUUACAAAUCUUUAUUCUUUCAAUCAAAACUAUUUAGAUAAAAUUUUUCUGAUGAAUUUAUUUCUAAUCUUUGUCUUUUGGUUAAAGAAUAAAGUUUUGUACCUGAAGAAGUUAUUUUUUAAGAAGGUUAAUAAGUAGAUCGAAUGUAUUUUAUUUUAAAAGGGGAGGUUGAAGCAAAUGUGAGACAUAAUAAAUUAGUUAAGAUUUAUAAAAGAAGAUAAGCUAUAGAUGAGAAAGGAUUUAUUUCUUAAAAUUGUGCUUAAUUUACUUCAAGAGCAGUUAAAUUUUCUAAAUUAGCUUAUGUUACUUUUGAAGAUGUUCUAAGUUUACUAUAAUUAAAUAAAGAAGAUCUUGAAAAAUAUUAUAGGAUUAAACAUUAAAUAUAAUUUGGAGGUAGAAUUAAAUUUAGUGGAUGUGAACUUUGUUAUUAAAAUCAUAUUUUUACAAAGUGUCCUUUUGUCUUUUAUACACCCAACAAUAUGAGAUUAUUUAGAAAAAAACAUAAUUAAGAUUAAUAAAAUAGAUAAUUUUAAUAAAGAAAAAUAUCAUAAAAAUUAUUUACUCAUAAAUCUAUUAUUAAUUUAAGAAUACUUUAAAAGAGUAUAUUAGAAUAUGGAAAUUCUACAUUUUUAUAUACUGAUCUUCUUCCUGAUUGUGAUUUCUUUUAGAUUAAUAAAAAUGAUGAACUUAAUUGUGAUGGUGAUGGUUAAUCAAUAUCUGAAGAAUCAAUGAAUUCACCUGAUAAUACAGGUACUUAAUUUAAACACUAAUAUUCAUCUUAAUCAUAAUAAGCUAAUUAUAUGGCUUAAUCAAUAUCAAAAAAUUUGAAUAGAGUUUAUUAAGAACCUGGAAUUUCCUCUCUACGUAUUAAAAUUACAAAAGGUACUAAAAAAUAAACUCUUAAUGCAUCAAAUUAAAAAAUUGUUCAUGAUAAUGAAGAUUAAAAAGAAAUUAAUUUAGAUAGUAAAUAAAUUAUAUUGAGAUAAAAUAGUAAAUAAUUAUAAGAUUUAUAAUCAAAGUCUACUAAAGAAAUAAAUUUUGAACCCACAUAAAUUAAAUUAAUUGAAUAAGAAAUUGUAAAAAAUAUUUUUGAAUAACAUGAACAUUAAAUAGAUUCUUAAAAAGAAUUUGAAUUUUAUGAUAUAUAAUUUAAUUUAAGCAAUAUUAUCAAAGAUUUAUUUACAAAAAAAAGAAAAAAAAUGAUGUUUUAAAUUAGUAGAAAAAGAUAAAAAAAAUAAUUAUUUUGUGUUUUAAACAAAAGAGAAUAAAGUUAAAUUGCUAUCAAUAAUAGUUUUUGCAAUGUAGAUGCAUGA